ACAAGAAUUCAUAACAUUUAUUUGAAUUUACUGCACUUGGUUACUUCAGCUUUUUUACUGUUUCAGUUUACUUUUACAUUAAGAAAUGUUUACACGGAAGCUGUUGACGCUGGUGCUGGUGGUGCAACCUAAACGAGUGCUGCUUGGCAUGAAGAAGCGUGGCUUCGGAGCAGGCAAGUGGAAUGGCUUUGGAGGCAAAGUUCAACCAGGAGAGAGCAUAGAACAGGCUGCAAGACGAGAACUACUGGAGGAAAGUGGCCUUACCACAGAUACACUGCACAAGAUUGGAAAUAUAACGUUUGAAUUUGUUGGAGAAACAGAGCUGAUGGAUGUGCAUGUAUUCCGUGCCGAUACCUACAACGGCGAGCCUACAGAGUCAGAAGAAAUGAGGCCUCAGUGGUUUGAUGUUGACAAAAUCCCUUUUGGUGAAAUGUGGGCUGAUGACAUCAUGUGGUUUCCACUGAUGCUGCAGAAGAAGAAAUUCUUGGGCUACUUCAAAUUCCAGGGUCAUGACUUAAUACUGGAACACAAGCUGCGUGAGGUGAAGGAGCUUUGAUCAGACUCUCAACACCUCUAAUGAGCAUCAUCUGAACCAAGUGAGUCAGAGUGACAGCUCAUUUACACUUUGCUGAGGGGAUGUGUGUGCAGGGAAUCGGCUCAUGAGAGAUAGACCGCUGGGCCAGAUGUUGCCCACACUCGGACUGGGCAGUGAUUCACAUUCUCAAAUUAGAACUGUCAUGGUUAUAUCAUUUGAGUUGCCACUUAGAUGUUAAAUGUAAUCCAAUGUGUUGGAUUCAUGUCACUCUUAUAUGUUCUUGUAUUUUACACUACUGUAAUAAGUGUAUACUUUAGAAAGAAUAGCAAUUAGCUUAAAACAUACAAAACCUAUUGCUUAAAUACAGUUUACACAAUGUCAGUGUUUUAGAGGACACCAUAUAAUACAAAGAUUUUGACUGGCAAUAACAAUAUGGUGGCAAAUUGAUUGUAUUAUAAUCUAAGAAUGUAGGACUGUUGAAUCUUAGUAAGCAUAAAUAAUUGUGACAGGCCUAUGAACAAUUGUAAUACUGUGUUAUUUAUUUUUACAGAAGGACAAAGUAACCCUUACUUACCAGUUUGACCCUUGGGUUGUUUAGCUGUUAAAGAAAUCGGUGUAUUCUGAAUUUCAUUUUGAACGUGGUUUUGAAUUUGUUUCCUAUUUCAGAAUGUUGUGAGUUUGUCAACAUGUUUUAGAGGACCUCAAUAUAACAGAAACACCAUACAAUACAAAGAUUAUGACUGACAACAAUAUGGUAGGAAAUUAAUUGUAUUAUUAUCUUAGAAUGUAGGACUGUUAAACCUCAAUAAGCCUAAAUAAUUGAAAUACUGUAUUAUUUAUUUCCACAGAAGGCCAAAGUAAGCCCUUACUUACCAAUUUGACCCUUGGGGUGUUUAGCUGUUCUGAAAUUAGUUGUUCAUAUUUUUGUAAUAUUAUAACUACGUAUGUUGGUUUAUUGGGGUAUAUUAUGCACAUGUUCUACUUUUCUACUCACGAACUGCAUUUUAUAAGGCCAACAAUAAAGACUUCA